CACACUAAGUGUUCAAAUGAAGGAAGAUGAUACCUUGGAGCAGCAAAGAGACAACAUUUUCCACACAAGAUGCCAUGUACAAGGUAAGACUUGUCUUGUUAUUAUUGAUGGUGGUAGUUGUACAAAUGUUGCUAGCACUUUAAUGGUUGAAAAAUUGGGUUUAAAUCUAAUUCCACAUCCUAGACCUUAUAAAUUGUUAUGGUUAAAUAAUUGUGGUGAGAUCAAGCAAGUUGUUGUACCUUUCACAAUUGGUAGAUAUUCAGAUGAGGCACUAUGUGAUGUAGUGCCAAUGCAUGUUGGCCAUAUCUUGUUAGGUAGGCCAUGGGAAUUUGAUACAAGGGCUUUCCAUGAUGGCUUUCUAAAUAGGUACUCAUUUGUGAAGGAUGGGAGAAAAGUUACUUUGACACCUCUUUCUCCUAAGAAAGUAUAUGAUGACCAAUGUAAGUUGGAAAGAGAGAGGUGUGAGGCUGAAAAUAACAAAAAGGAGCAUGAAAAUCCAAAGGGUGAGAUUCAGCCUAAAGAGAAAACAAAGGCAAAGGGUAGUUUUUUGGCUAGGGAAAGUGAAGUUAGGCAUGCAUUUCAUUCAAGUCGGAUGUUAUUUGUUGUUACUUAUAAAGAUGUAUAUUUGAACACUACUGAACUUGAUCUUUCCUUGCCGAGUGUGUUUGCUAAUCUUUUGCAGGAAUUUGCUGAUGUCUUUCCCGAGGAAAUGCCAAGUGGAUUACCUCCUCAAAGAGGGAUAGAACAUCAAAUAGACUUCAUACCCGGGGCUUCCAUACCAAAUAGACCAGCCUAUAGAAGUAAUCCAAAUGAGACAAAGGAGCUUCAAAGGUAAGUGGAAGAACUGAUGUCAAAGGGGUAUGUGCGUGAGAGCUUAAGUCCUUGUGCGGUUCUAGUGAUUUUGGUUCCAAAGAAGGAUGGCACAUGGAGAAUGUGUGUGGACUGUCGUGCAAUCAAUAAAAUAACGCUUGUUAGUGUUGAAGGUUUUUCUAAGGCAGAUUUGGUUAAAAAGCUACACAAACAAGUUAAAGAGAGAAUUGAGAAGCAAAAUGCAAAAGUGGCCGAGAGGGUUAAUAAAGGACGAAUUCCAAUGGUAUUCCAACCUGGAGAUUGGGUUUGGGUGCA